AUGACACUUGCUACAUUUCUGAAAGUUCACCUUGCGACCUUCAAGGUAGCCUCAAAUCCCAUUGAUGCAAACAAUUGGAUUCAGACUAUGGAACGAGCACUGCAGGCUCAAUUGGUUCCUGAAGAGCAAUGGGUUGAGUUUGGAACUUAUCAACUGCAAGGUGAGGCUCAAUAUUGGUGGCAGGGGACACGACGUAUCCUGCAGCCAGAUGGUUCUGUGUUUCUUUGGGAGGUCUUCCGAAUAGAGUUCUAUAAGAAAUACUUUUCUAAUUCAGCUAGAAAUGCCAAGUCUUCGGAGCGAUAUUCUGAGCUUCGUUGCCCCAAUAGAGAUCAGAGUAUUUCUGAAUUGGUGAAUAAGAGUAGGGUGGCUGAGGAUUGUCUGAGGAAGGCGACAUCAGAUAAGAGUGAUCAGCGAGUUUUUGUUAGGAGAGAUCAGGGAAGGAACUUCGCCCCUAGAGGACAAGAUUUCAAGCGAGGUAGUUAUACCCCACAACCACAUUUGGGCCAGAAUAACUUCCAGAGAUUUAAUAAUAACAACAUCGAGGGAAGAGGCAUAGGAAAGCAAGCUCAGACCCCACCGAAUGAUUUGACUUGUAAGAGGUGUGGAAAGUACCACCCGAAUACUCCGUGCAGGGCUGGUUUAGGUGUAUGCUAUUACUGUGGUGGAGUUAGGCAUUUGUCUUGGAAUUGUCCGGAAAAGAAGAAGAAUCAAGAAGCUAGAAAGGCACAACAUCAGGGACGCAUGUUCACUAUGACAACGGAUGGUGCUGGAAGCAUAGAUACUCCGAUUAGAGGUAAUCACGAACUGGUAAUCGACAUUUUUGACUGCCUUGCAUAG